AGGUUUGUUGCUUUUCACAGCAGAUUCUGCGCGAAAUAAGCAGGGAGAAUUUUUGGACUUGGAGCUCUUGCCACAGCAGCUAAUCCUUGAAAUCUUGCAGUGUCUCUCUGAUUUAUUCGAUUUAAUCAGAUUUAAUAAAGAAAAUUCCUUAAAAUGGUGUGGCCUUUUCCAGAAGGGCACACCUGCCGAACAUGCAAAAGGGUGUUUUGCACCGUGGCGAGAUGCCAGAUGCACGAACGAGAGGCGCACCCGCCCAGAAUGAGUUGCCCCCUGUGCAGCGUGAAGACCUAUGAGGUCGAGGAGAUCCUGUGCCACCUCGAAGUCCACCUGCCUCUGAUCUGCUGCCACCCUCGAUGCGGAGUCUUGCUCACCAACAAGCUCGAGCUGUUCGUCCACAAGGCUUUUGCUCACCUCCAAUCUGCGCCGUCAGGGUUAGUGCCUCCUGGACUCAAAUUCCUCAACCGAGACUCGGCUCAAGCUCCGAAAAGUCCACUGCCUGCUGCUAUGAGGUCCCAGCAAAAUUCUCCGUUGAGUACUCCAAAAAGGAGAUAUCCCCUUGAAUCACCUCAGAUGGCUCAGAAGAAAAUUUCUGAUGGUGAAAGGACACCCACUGUAGUAGUGUCAGCCCAGCCUGGGACAAGUUCACUCACCCCUGCUUUUGGCACCCUUCACCUUGGAAUAUCUCCACUGUCUCACUCUUCUCAUUUUGAAACUUGCUAUGAGGACGACGAGCUGAUGGUCACCGCUCUAGAUGCAAGUGAAAGUGCUGUUUUUCACGAUCAGUCUCACAAUCAAAUCUUCUAUACUCCCAAAUAAGAUGUAUUUUUUGCUAAAGACUAAUCAAAGUAUGUUCCGAGACUGAAUCUUAAGUUUAAUAUAGAAUUAAAAACAGAAUUUCAAAGCUGGAAAAUUUUAUUAAAAAUGUGAUCACAACCAAAAGUUGAACAUUAAUAAUUGAUGAGUAUUUUAAGUAUACACAUGGGAAAUAAUAUAAUAUUAUAUCACAUAAAAAUGCUCAUGGCAUAAAAAAUGCUAAAAAUCACAAGAAUGGAAUAAAUU